GCCUUUAAGAGCGCACCCUGCGCUUUCCCGCGAGCACUCGCACGCACAAGCCGAGUGGAGGCGAGCCGAACCGAGCCGUUUAUCAGCUGAGAGGGUCCAACCAGAUGAGCCAGCACCGACGCCGGGCCGGCUCCGCGAGGGCCACCGGGACUUAGGCCCUCUGGGGCGCGCGGGUGCUCUUGCCCUUCUUCCAUCACCUUCCACCGCGCCGUCAUGGUUCUGGGUAAAGUUCGGGCUCUGGCCGUGUGCUUCGACACCCUGAACGAGAGCAACCUGCCAGUGUUCUCCGGCGGGGAGAUGGUGUCGGGACGGGUUCUGGUGGACGUCACCGGGGACGUCCGCGUCAGGAGUCUGGACGUGACCGCGCGGGGGGUCGCCAAGGUCCGCUGGACCGAGUCCCGGAACGCCGGAGCCAACACCGCCUACACGCAGAACUACACCGAGGAGGUGGAGUACCUGCAGCACCGGGACUGUCUCAUCGGCGAGGACAGAGACGAGGACGCCGUGGACGACGCCUCAACGCUGCUUCGCGCCGGCCUGCACGAGUUCGCCUUCAGCUUCCACCUGCCGCAGAUGGCGUUGGCGACGUCGUUCGAGGGCAAGCACGGCAGCGUGAGGUACUGGGUCAAAGCCCAGCUCCAGCGUCCUUGGAUGCUCCCGGUGAAGACCAAGAAGGAGUUCAUCGUCUUCGAGCACAUCGACAUCAACACGCCGCUGCUGCUGGCUCCUCAGGCGGGUAGCAAGGAGAAGACGCUGUGCUGCUGGUUCUGCGCCUCAGGUCCCAUCUCGCUGAGCGCCAAGAUCGCCCGUAAAGGCUACACGCCAGGCGACUCCAUCCAAAUCUUCGCGGAGGUGGAGAACUGCUCGUCGCGCGUGGUGGUGCCCAAGGCGGCGCUCUACCAGACGCAGACGUUCUUCGCCAAGGGCAAGGGCAAAGAGAUCCAGCAGCUGGUGUCCAACCUGCGCGGCGAGCCCUUGGCGCAGGGAAAGAGUCAAAGCUGGGAGGGCAAGCUGCUGAAGAUCCCCCCCGUGUCGCCGUCCAUCCUGGACUGUCCCAUCAUACGAGUGGAGUACGCCCUCGUGGUGUACGUGGACGUCCCAGGGGGUCUCAACCUGUCCCUGUCCUUGCCGCUGGUGAUCGGGACCAUCCCGCUGCACGCCGCCAGCUCACGCACGUCCAGCGUCAGCAGCCACGGCAGCACGUCCAGCUGGGUGGGAGUCGCCGUGCGUCCCGAAGCGCCCCCGAGCUACAACGACUUGGCCUUCUCUGAGGCGCACCGGCGCCACUGCCUGCGCGGCAGCGAGGAGCAUCAUCACGUACACCAGGCCACCUCUUUGCUCACCUACAUCAGCGAGUUCAGAUACCUGCCCCCCCCACUCUACUCUGAGGUAGACCCGUAUCCUGACCCGGCUGGGGUGUGCUGCGUCCAGGAGGCCACGACACUGGAAACAUGCCCGUCCCGCUGAGGAGGGAAGAGACACUGUCAGCUGUUGCCACGCGAUCAAACAUCAGCACCAGUCUCUUCUGGAAACAAUACAGACGCCCGCGCCCCCAAACACGACCUGAUGAUCCAGGAUUGGAUGACCGCUCGAUUAAUGUUAACAGAUGGCGAGGACGGGACAAGUAAAGGACUGCACAUGCACGUUGUAGUAGCUGUGUGUCCUGUACUACAAAGGUCACGUGGAAGAAAAAAAUGAUGACAUCACCCGAUGCACUUAAACUGUAUGAAUGUAUGUGUGUGUGUGUGUGUGUGUGUGUGUGUGUGUGUGUGUGUGUGCGUGCUAAAGCACAAACGACCAACUGAAAGAACCACAAGUCGCCUGUUGUCUACUCACCGCUGAAUAUUGAAAAAAAAAAAAAAAAAAGUUGAA